AUGGUUAUAACAGGCUAUGAUGAAGGUUUCGAAAAUUAUAUGGACAUGAUGAACGAGACAGGCUUUGGUUUCGCUCAAGUAUGGCCGUUGCUAACAAGUGGCUUUCUAGUGAUGGCUGUUACUGUUGAACUUAUGGGAAUGUCGAUUAUAGCACCGGCUUCUCAAUGUGUUGUUGUGUCGUUAUAUUUUUGGGCAGUUUUAGCUGACAGUUACGGCCGCCGCUGGGUUUUAUUGGUAUCAACAUCACUUAGUACCUGUGUUUCAUUAACAUCCGCGUUAAUGCCAACUUUCCCUCUAUUCAUUGCCAUGAGAUUUUGUGUUGGCCUUUUUAUAGCUGGUCCUAGUUUUGCAGCCAUCACUUAUUUGGCCGAAUUCUGCACUUUUUAUCACCGUCGUAUUACUAUCAUAUAUAUGGCAAUGUUUCAAGGUAUUGCUAUGGUUUAUUGUCCCGUCAUGGCGACUCUCUUCAUCCACCAAAAAUGGACAUACGAUCUUGGUUUUAUUGUGUAUAAACCGUGGCGAUUUUUAAUGCUUCUGAACAGUCUUCCCGGUCUUGUAGGCAUUUUCUUGCUAAUAGGACUGCCGGAAAGUCCGGAGAUUCUCUUAUGCACCCAGCGUAAGCAGAAAUGCAUUAAUGUGGUGAAGUGGAUAUAUCGAGUGAACAAGAGGAAAGAGAUGGAUUGGCAGGUCGAACCAGAAGAUCUUAGCUGCCCAGGCUAUAGAAUUGUUGAUAAACAAACUUGUGUGGAAUUAAUGAAUCAAGGCAGGCCACUUUUUAAAAAACCUUAUGUAGUACCAUUUCUGAGUAGUUGCGUGGUGAUGUCCGGCCUAUUUUUCCUCGGCAAUGGCCUAGGUAUAUGGUUUACUGACUUACGCAAUCGUCGCAUAGAUGAGGAUCUCGAAUCAUACACAAUUUGCGCGAAUAUGCGAAGAUUCAAGGAAUUCUACAGCGAACUCGAUGGCUGCCAGGUAACUCUUAAAAGUUUUCGCGAUUCCAUGUUCCUGGGUGCGACGUACUUAAUAAUGUUCAAUGGGGUGGCCCUGCUAUUGAGAAAUGUUUCGCCUAAAAUCAUUGUAGUUGCUCUUCAAAUAUUGUGCUUUCUUUUGGGCGGCGUACUACCCUGGAUCGCCCAUGAAACCGCUACCUCCGUUAUUUUUAUCAUUUUCCUUGCAAUACCAAAUUGUCUAAUAGCUUUAGUUAGCGGUAUUGUAAUUGAAUUCACUUCAGCUGACUUGAGAGGUAAAGCUGUAUGCUUAUGUAUUUUAAUUGGUCGUUCUGGUAUGAUCACCGGUACAUUUCUUGUGGGGUAUGCAAUGGAUGCGAAUUGCGAAUUAACGUACACCUUGUUCGGUCUCUAUGCAUUAGGAUGUUCUGUUGUAAGUGUUUUGUUACCGGGCAAAUGGAAAUGCUUUAGAUUAAUAGCUGAUCAGCCGGAAUUAAGAGCUCGAUCUAUGUCAGUGCUAAGAACACGAUCGAUGGCACGUCCAACGCAAAUAUAUGAUACUUUGAUUAAAAAAUAA